AUGCUAUCCGAGCUCACGCCGUCACUCGAGAAUUUGAAAUUUUCAAUGAAGAAUUGGAAAAAAACGGAUAAGGAAAAGAAAUUGGCGAAUUUGAGUCUCAUCAGAGAGUACGGAGCAAGGCAAAUCAAGUUGUUCGAGUACGCUAACUUUCUGACGGAGAGAAUGGAACGCUUCAUGACGUGGGCACCAGCUCUUGCCAUUCUUUCAUUUCUCAUGGCCACUUAUAUUGUUACUGAAUUCAGCAGUAAACCACCAGUUCUCUAUCUUAUCUGCAUGAUAGCAUGGAUUAUAUCUGGUUUUAUUAUCAGUUUUGCGUUGAUGUACCCAGUGGCGUUUAUCCAAGAGGCGAUGUCCCAGACCGCCCGUGUCCUGCUGAACUCUACGAUCCUCCAAGAAUGCGAUGAGCCUUUAAUUUUCGAAAACUACCGUAUGCUCCUCGACCGUAGUCUACACAACCGAUCGACGAAUAACGUGCUUCACGUGUUCUGUGUCACCAGAAAAAAUGUGGAACGAUUGUUUUUCACGCACUCAAUUCUUAUCAUUGUGAUGGUCUAUGUGUAUAGUUUGGAUGAGGGAAUUGGCAAAGGAUUCGAGGAAAUCGGGAAAUUGAUAAUGAUGAAGGGUAAUACGACUGGUUAA